AGGCGAUUAGCGGCUGGUACAAGAAAGAUUGCACCUCACCAUUCAUCCAUGUUCUUCAUUCAAGAUUCUAAAGUGGAGGAGUUUAUUGAGAGUUACUGUGAUAAAGUUAAACGUGACCAGAGUUGCAGUGAUUUUCAAGCUGGAGAUAAAGUUCGGUCAAAAUCUAAGAACAAAAAAACUGGAUGAAAAGGGUAUAUUUGGAGCAUGUUGCAGACAUGAGUUCCCAAAAUUGUUCAUGAAUUUAAAGCAUGGAGAAAGACUGGGAUAUCCCUGUUAUGCUGUUAACACGUCUAAUUCAAAACAACUCAAAUGCAACUGUCAAGGUUUUUUAUGACAUUGCUUGUCGUUUAGAGGACCAUCUGAGGGCCAAGAACAACACAGAACUUUUACAGAAACUGGCAUUUGCUGUACCUGUGUUUCACGGUUAUGGGCAUAACAUGGAUUGUCAAAUAAAAUAUAACCCACGAAGAAAAACAGGGUUUGGAUUAACAGAAGGAGAGACGGUAGAGCGAUUAUGGUCAUUUUUAAGAAAUUUCAACAAGGUUACCAAAGAAAUGUUGCCGGAACACAGAACCGACUUGUUAACUGAUGGUUUAAUUCACUACGGUGCUAAGCUUAAGUCUAAAUUUUGUGUUUUAAUGGUGCAAAAGUUCCAAAGAGCUGUUGCAACUAAAGUAAAGGCUAAUGCAGAAUAUGAUCUUCUGCUGUCCUCUUAUCCAGGAAAAUUCAAUGUUCAUGAAGCUAUGCUACAUGAUUUCAAAAAAUUAGUUGUUGAACCAAAGUUAACAAAGGAGGAGGAGCAUGCCAUGAAGCUUUGGCAACUAGAAAGUCAGCGAUUGAAACUUAUUGCUCUUGAAAAGGAUGUGCACCCAGAUACCAAAGCUAUCAUAGAUGUAACCGGAACAAUAGCACGAUUAGACAAACAACCUCAUAUGAUCCCAUGGACUUGACCUCACUCACGGUGACAUAAUGGUUCAUCUUAAAAAGGCCGUAGGAAAAAAAGAUCAACUUUGCUUUCAAAGUUGGAAAAGCAAAAACUUGAGCGCCGCUUUCUCCUUACUUUGAUAGGAAAAUAUCCAAUGUGUCAAGCAAUUGCUAAGCGCAUUCUACAAAAUGUCCAACGAGUACCAGCACUAAUCAAAAAGCUGUCCGAGCUGCCGUGUAGCAAUGACUUGCCUUCUACAUUGACUGUUGAAAUUGUUUUAAACCCGGAUUUAUCCCCGUCACCAACUGCUUUAGUGGAGGACAGCAUGUUUACCGUUAAGCGAACACUUGUUCAAUUGCACUGCAUGUCCCAAAGAGCUGAUGACAAUUUUUGAAAAAGGAUAUGGCAGGAAUUUUAAAAUUUUAAAUGCAACAAAUUAACAUUUUAAAUAGUUUGUGUAAGAAAAAUCCAAAACUUUGGCAUUAUAUUCUGACUCAGCAAAUGCGGGUAAAUUCGGUUCAUCAGCAGUUAAGCGAGGAUUUUAAACAAUAUAUUGAGGAUAACUCAAAUCAACACACUCUUGAGGACAUGGAAGUUAACAAUAAUAAUCAGGAAGGACCACACAUUGAGGAACUGUUAAAUUGUUUUAGUGAUGCGGACUCAGCAGAUGAUGAAUAAGUUUUUGUUUAUAAUUUAUACCCUCUGUGUAAUUCAAUUAUAAUAUACAUAUAGUAGGGUGGGGGAAGAUGGGGCU